GCCUCCGCCGGGAGCCGGCCUCCGCCCGGGCCCCGGUGCUCACGGCGGCGGUCCUCCGGGCGCCUUUCCCAUGCUGCACCGCGGCGCGGCGGCGCUCUGUCGCUGUCACCGCCAGCAGGAGGCUGAGGGGAAGGCGCCGAUCGCGCCGCCGGAGCCGGAGCGGGAGCAGGAAGGGGCCGGAGCCGCCGCCGCCGCCAACUUCCCCUCGGCCUCCCCGCCGCCUCCCCGCGCCCCGCCAUGCCCGGGGCCUCCGCGCGGCCGCUCUGAGCCGCCCCCAGCAGCCGCCGCCGCCCCGGCCCCGGCCCCGGCCCCGGCCCGCCUUCUCCUCGCAGCCCCGCGGCCGGUUAUUGCACUUAAGAAUGAACAUUGAAGACAAGCUGGGAGGAUUAUUUCUUAAAUGUGGUGGCAUAGACCAAAUGCAGUCAUCCAGGGCUAUGGUAGGGAUGGGUGCAGUAUCUGACCAGUCCGGAGUAUCGGGAGAUCGGCAAGAGGCAGUACUUCAAGAUCGGACUAUGGCACACCAAGAAAUUCUUGCGACAGACGAAGUGUUACAGGAAAGUGAACUUCGACAGCAAGAGAUGAUUUCACAUGAUGAACUCAUGGUCCAUGAGGAGACGGUAAAAAAUGAUGAUGACAUGGAUGCGCAAGAUAGACUUCCUCAAGGGCUGCAGUAUGCUGUUAAUGUCCCUAUCAGUGUAAAGCAAGAAAUUACCUUUACUGAUGCAUCUGAACAACAGAAACGAGACAAAAAACAAAUACGAGAGCCAGUAGAUUUGCAGAAAAAGAAGAAAAGAAAACAGCGUUCACCAGCAAAAAUCCUUACAAUAAAUGAGGAUGGAUCACUUGGUCUGAAAACCCACAAAUCUCAUGUUUGUGAGCAUUGCAAUGCUGCCUUUAGAACCAACUACCAUUUACAGAGACAUGUCUUCAUUCAUACAGGUGAAAAACCAUUUCAGUGCAGUCAGUGCGACAUGCGUUUCAUACAGAAGUACCUGCUACAGAGGCAUGAGAAGAUUCAUACUGGUGAGAAGCCAUUUCGUUGUGAUGAAUGUGGUAUGAGGUUUAUUCAGAAGUAUCACAUGGAAAGGCACAAAAGAACUCACAGUGGAGAGAAGCCUUACCAGUGUGAAUAUUGUUUGCAGUAUUUCUCCAGAACUGAUCGUGUGCUGAAACAUAAACGUAUGUGCCAUGAGAACCGUGACAAGAAACCGAACAGAAGUGCCACCAAAGUUGGCUUUUUGCCAUCGGAGGAAGAUUCUGGUUUCUCUACGCCUAUGAAAGACAGCUCCUUGCCAAAGAAGAAAAGGCAGAAGACAGAGAAAACAAAAUCUGGAGAUAAGGACAGUACAGAUAAGUCAGAACAGAAGAAGGACAAAAAUGACUACUUGCCUUUGUACUCUGCUAGUACAAAAGUAAAAGAUGAAUAUAUGGUAGCGGAAUAUGCUGUUGAGAUGCCCCAUUCUUCUGUCAGCGGGACGCACUUAGAAGAAGCAAAUUCUGGAGAAAUACACCCACCCAAGCUUGUUCUCAAAAAAGUUAACAGCAAAAGAAGUCUGAAACAGCCACUUGAGCAAAGUCAAACCAUUUCACCUUUAUCUACAUACGAAGACAGCAAGGUUUCAAAGUAUGCCUUUGAUCUUGUGGAUAAACAGAGUUUACUGGACUCUGAAGGUAAUGCUGACAUUGAUCAAGUUGACACAUUACAAGAAGGGCCCAGUAAACCUGUACACAGCAGCACUAAUUACGAUGAUGCAAUGCAGUUUUUAAAGAAAAAGAGGUAUCUACAAGCAGCUAGUAACAACAGUAGAGAAUAUGCCUUGAAUGUAAGUACCAUAGCAUCUCAGCCUUCGGUAACGCAGGCGGCUGUGGCAAGCGUCAUUGAUGAAACUGCUACAGCCUCCAUAUUAGACACGCAGGCACUGAAUGUUGAAAUUAAAGGUAGCCAUGACAAAAAUGUCAUUCCAGAUGAGGUACUGCAAACUCUGUUAGAUCAUUAUUCACACAAGGCUAACGGACAGCAUGAGAUAUCCUUCAGUGUGGCUGACACUGAGGUGACCUCCAGUAUAUCAAUCAAUUCAUCUGAAGUGUCUGAGGUCACCCAAUCUGAGACAGUUGGAACAAGCUCUCAGGCUUCCUCGUCAGAUAAAGCUAGUAUGUUACAGGAAUAUUCAAAGUUUUUACAACAAGCUUUGGACAGAACUAGCCAAAAUGAUGCCUAUUUGAACAACCCGAGCCUUAAUUUUGUGACUGAUAACCAGACUCUUACAACCCAGCCAGCAUUUCCUUCCAUAGAGAAGCAGGUCUACACAUCUAUCCCUGUCAAUAGCUUUCGAUCGGGAAUGAACUCUCCAUUAAGAACAACUCCAGACAAGUCUCAUUUUGGACUAAUGGUUGGUGAUUCGCAGCACCCUUUUCCCUUUUCAGGUGAUGAGGCAAAUCAUUCUUCUUCCUCCUCUACCCAGGACUUCUUGGAUCAAGUAACUUCUCAGAAGAAAGCAGAGGCACAGCCUGUUCAUCAAGCAUAUCAAAUUAGCUCCUUUGAACAGCCCUUCAGAGCUCAGUACCAUGGGGCAAGAGCUGGAAUAUCAUCUCAGUUUAGCACUGCCAAUGGACAGGUGAACCUUCGGGGACCAGGGACAAGUGCUGAUUUCCCAGAAUUUCCCUUGGUGAAUGUAAAUGAUACCAGAGCUGGGAUGACUUCUUCACCUGAUGCCACAACAGGCCAGACUUUUGGCUAAGAAAUCUUUGUAAAUAAUACUGGCACUUUAGAACACAUUUGUCAAAAGGGGUUUGCUCUGUAUAAGGUGGAGUUCUGUACAGCUUUUAAGAGCCCUAUGUUAAAACAAAAGUAAGCUGAUAUUAGCAAGACCAAUAACUGCUUUCUUUUUCUUUCUUUCUUUUUUUUUUUCAAAUGGUUAGUCACCAGUCAUUGAUCUGCCUGAUGUUGUUGCCCCUAUCAAAGGCAGGUUAUUAUUCACUUGUUUGAAUCCAGUAAUUAUUUUACCUUCUAUGAAAUUUAAAAUAAACAAAAUUCCCAGGUAAGACUUUCCCCCAGGAUUGCUUCCUUACUGGUUUCCUUGUAUGCUUUGGGAGGACAGUUUAUUUUCUGAUACUAUUCAUAUUGUCAUUUUUAAGCUUGUCAGUGUAGUCAUUGUUCUUCAGCAGGGAAUCAACAUGUAUUAAACACACAGAAUAAACUGUAAGUUUCAAAGUCAAGUAAAUAAGGCUUUAAAAGAUGGCAUUUUCUAGAAAAAUAAUCUUUCUUCCAACUCUCGUAAAAAAUAAUUUUAGACCAUAUGCCCUAUGUUUCUGCUUUGCAUUACCUGAGUUGUGUUUGGAGGAAAAAAAAAAACAAAUUCUGGUAGACUACUAUUUAAAAAGUCUAAUUAAUUUAAAAUUCUUUAAACACUUUUUAAAGCAAAAUACCUAACUGCUAAUGCCUUUACUUCAUUCCUGAAGUAAUGUGUAUUUCUUUGUACAGCUGAAUCUAGAUGUAACUUUUUAAUGACUUUUUCAUAUGCAGAUAUCAAGAUUUUGAAGUUUUAGUUAAAAUACUCUGUAGAUGACAUUCCCAAUUACAUAAUGCUUACACAAACUGUGUGUUCCAAGAUUUCAAAGUUUAAUUGUACCUUACCCUACAUAUUCGUAAUGAUUAACAUAGAGCACUUAGUUUAUUUGAUAGAUUUGAUUUCUCAAAAAAUAAAACCAUUUUAGAUUUUUAGGUUUGAUAUGGUUGCAUCAUUUUCAUCUCAUACAACUCCAGUGAUUACUUUCAGCAUACAUUGAAAUCGAAUAUUCUGAGCUUCUGUAAAAACUGUUUUAAUUCUUUGUCUAGAAUUUUAACAAUUCAGCUCGUUAAAUUUAUCAAAGUAUCCCCAAAAGCUGAAGAAGUGGGCAUUCAAAUUCCAUAUAUCUUUUUCCAGUUUGCUUGGUGACAGUCAUUACCAUUUUACCAACCCAAACCAUUGGAUAAUGUUAGUGAACAGGAUUUCUUUUCAGCGUAGAUGAGUGAUCAGAAGUUUUCAUUGCAUUUCACAAUAUAAAUAAACUACAAAGUUUAUCCCUGUACCAUGAAUAUGUUUUUUUGAAUAGUACUUUGUCUUGAUGUAUGCAGUAUGGUACGAUAAGUAGUUCUGUGUGCAUUUUUAAGGUGGUAAGAUUUGAGUAGCAUAACUAUUGUGUAGUUUAAGUUAACAAUUUACAGAUUUUUGAACUGUAUGUUCAUUAUAUUGCACCUUCCCUAAAGGGACACUGUCUGGUAGUUUAAGGCAGUUUAAGCCUAAUGUAGGCUGAUUAACCAGGGAAAAACGCACUCACACACAACACGUGUGUGUGUGUAUAUAUAUAUGUAUGUAUGUAUAUGUAUUUUUUAUAGGAUUGCAUACAUUCUUUUACAGCACUAUUGCUAGCUGAUAUUUCUCAGAUGAAGCCAUCAGCUGUGAGAAAAGGCUGCACUUCAAGGGGCUAAGAUAUACGCUGUCUUUUGAAGGGACUUGAGCAGGAUAAACAAGAGUUCCCACCUCUUCCCUAAACAAUAGCAAAAUUUUUCUUACUUUUAUUACUAGGAAGCCAAUUUCCCUCCCUCUCUUUUCCCUUAUGGUAUCGCUAUUAAAGCACUAACUUUGCUUGGUACAGUUCAGGAAGAAAGCGUGUUUGUAACCCACAGCUUGCUUCCUACACGGACAGGAAAUACAAUUUAUGUAAACUUCUCAAUACUUUUGUAUAAGGAAACAGAUUAUAUUUUGAUUCAUUGACCCUGUGUAUGAUAUAAGGAAGGUGUUUCUGCACGUUAUCACUUACCAGUAAUUUGGUCUGAAUAUUUGGCCCAGAGUUAAGAAUUGAGCAUCAAGGGAGAAUAGUUAAUUCCUUAUGGAUUAUUAAUGACACAUGUAAAGAAAUUUAUUUGAAAGAAUAUUUUCAAUUUGUUCCAUGUCUCUGUUUUUCUUCCUUUAUGAUCAGUUUGUUUUUUUUUGACUUUCCGUUCUACUUUGCAUAGACACAAUAAAUAUGGCCCCUAUUCCCCAGGAAGCCACCUCUUGUUAAGCAUGUUUCGUUUUCAUUGUUUCAUUUCCAUGACAUCUUAGCUUGUGCUGCCUGAAUAAUAAUACUGUGUUGACAUCUUUGUUCUAGUGCCCUGUUGUUGCAAGUAGGUGACCAUUAAUAAUACUAUUUGUUAAAUAUAACAAGCAGCAAAUGCCAAAAGAAGAAAAAAGGAUUGUUACUGCACUAGUCUGUUCCAACAGAGAGGUAAAAGGAAUAAAAAGCCUGCUUCUCCCUAAGCAGAUUGACUCAGCUUUAUUUAAAAAAAAAAAAAAAAUGUUACUCCAUUGGUCCUCUGCUGUGAGAAAGUGAUUGAGGAGUAGGAGGGAGUAACUCUCGCCCCAUGCCAUCUUCACACUUACGGAUUGCUGCUUGGGGUACGUGAGUAAGCUCUUGUACGGAGGGAAGGAACUUGCUCCUUCCCUAGAGCAAAAUGGGAAUUGUCUGAGAAAAUGUUGCUCCUUAUGUCGCAGUUCAAUCUCUAGUCUGCUGCUGAGCCAUUACAGCUAUCCUCUGUGCCUUAGGACAGAUUGUGAAGUCCCAGCCUAGCCCACAGGGACGAUCUUGUAGGAUUCUCGCACAUGCACAAUUAAAGAGGUGGUGUGAAUACUUGAUCCGCUGAUGCUUGAAGCUUUCUGUGAUGGAGGAGCUAACCAAAAAUACUGCUAUAAUUUCCUGAGUACAUGGCCUUUUAUUCUGGAAAAACUCUGUAUGUAGUUCUGGAAGGUUUCUCUGUGUGAAAAGCUCUUGCUUUUUUAAUAAUUACAUUAUUUAGUAACAUUUUCUACUGCUUUUAUUUUGCUGCUUCUAAUCUGCUACAGAUGCACAUUCUCUGUUUUGACCUGGUCAGUGUUUGUUUUUGUUAGUCUUCCGUGUAUGUCCAAAAGAGCUGGGGAAAAAAAAAGUCUUUGGUUUUCUGUUCUGUUCUUGUACUGAUACUGUUCAGUCGGUCAGCAUGAGUUUGGGGUUAGCAUUUAUAUUGCACAGAGCUAACAUUACAGGUUCUUUCUUAAAGGUCAUGGAGGCACUGUGUGUGUGUGCACGAUGGAAUUUUUUGUGGCUAUCUCCUAGUGAUAGAGCAACGAUGAUUAAAAAAAAGAGGAAAUUCAUAAUGUUUACUAUCAAACUAUAUAUAUACAUAUAUGUCUAUAUAUAUAGACACAUACUAAUAGGCCAUAUUUUGGACCUAAAUUACUUGACAGUGUCCCUUUUAGCAUGAGUCCUUUGGUAUGUUUUACCAUUAAUGUAACAGACAAUGAAGGAAUCAGCUUGUGAUGGUAUACUAAUAACCAGUUAUGUUUUCUGCUUUUGAUUUGAGAAUGAAUUAACCAUAAACGACAAGGUCUAGGGAGAAGGAUUAACAAUGUGUAUCCCUGUAUGUUGGUUUACAAAUAACAGCAUAAUUUAAAUUGGAUGAUAAAGGAAUUAUGUUUUAUGAUCUUGUGUCUCCUAGUAUGUCUUUAGGAAAAAGGUGUUUGAGGAAGAAAAUAGGACAACAAACUAUUCACAUGAAUUAACACUUGCAUUAUUUUUAUAUUGUACUUGUCAGUUUUUUGCGUGAAGGGAGCUUUUCGUUGUUGAAUGAGAAGUACAGUAAAAUCUUGCUAAUUCGCUGACUGCUAAUCUGAUCAGUUUAUAUGUCCCCGAUGGUCUGGUCCCCACCUCUCUGCAACGUUCCAAAAAGUCCUGGAGCGAGGUCUCGUCUCAGUAGUACUGUACUGCUUCACCCGAGUAUACUGUACAAUCCAUAUCAGUAUACUGGGAGGUACAAGGAACACUGAAAACUAAAUUACAGUUGUCAAAAUAAAUGAACAAAGUACCUUUUGUGACGUGACAUCCUUGCUUUUAUUGCCUGCUUCUUCGCUCUUUUCAAAAUUGUCAUUUGUGAAGGGUUCCUAAGUCACUGCUGCGAAUUAUUGGGGUUCUACUGUAUCUUUUGGAGUUUAUUCUAAAGUAUUCAUGUUCUCCUAUGAAAACUUUCCACCUGGACGUAUACAUUAUAUUCCAUGCUUGUUCAGAAUAUUUUUAUGGUGUUUGUAUCAUAUGUAGUAACUAUUUGAAAUGAACCAGAAUAUUUGGAUGAAUUCGCUCUGCAUUUUGCAGCAUUGGAUGACUUUAUGUAUGCAUAUUUGCUAACUAAAUUUUAUUGGUUUUUGAGA